AACAACCUAUCCAUCGCGGGAGAGGCGCACCAAGAAAAAUGCACAAAACGAGUCUCUCUUCCGUCUGGUGACACGGGUUUUGGCGACCGAGUCUGUCAGUCUUCGCCAAUACCAACUCACACCGUAAUUGUCCGCCGAAAAGGAACAAUCACUUAUUCACUCUGGCCACUAUCAUGGAUCCAAUCUCGGCCGCCGGCUUGGCGAUCGGCGUUGCGUCCAUCGGACUGCAAGUCUACACCGGUUGUGUGCAAGGUAUCCAGCUGUUAAUCACGGCCAAGAACUUCCCCGAUGACUGCAAGUUUCUCAACCUGAGAUUGCGGAUGGAACAACAGAGACUAUUUGCCUGGAGCGAGACGUCCGGCCUGCUCGACCUGGACGGGAACCAGCACGAGAAGAUUCUCAGCACAAACACCUUCGUCCUCCACCGCACCACGAUCCUGGACCUUUUGGUCCAGGUCCAGUGCUUGUUCAAGGAGUUUGAGGACCAUCAGCGCCGCAAUGAGCGCUUGAAACCGACCUCUGACGAGGACACAGUCCUCGACCACCCCGAGAAAGAUGCUGCCGCCGCCAGUUUCCCGUUGCCCGAGAGGCGAAAAGACUUCAUCAAGCGGGCCAUGGGCAAGCUGAAAAGCCAGUCCCAAGAGACUUUUCUCAGGCUGAGCUGGGUCUCAUUCGACAAAGUUGCAUUCGAGGUCCUCCUGUCCAGGUUUGCUGCUCUGAACGACAACAUGACUGAUAUCCUGGACGCCCGCCUGCAAGUGGAGAUCCGCGACACCGUGCAAGAUACCAACCGAGGGGUCUUGCAGCUGCAUCAUCGCGUUGCAGAUCUGGGGCGCCUUGUGAUGGCUCUAAGCCUGAAGCUGGAAAACACUGCACCGGCAAACAUCUCGUCCAUGUCCAAGGCUCAGCGGGAAAAGAACGCAGACGGUCUGGAUCUGCUUGCCAAACUCGCCAAGUUCAAAGCUUUCAACGAGUCGAUGGAGCCCGAGAAACAGCGACCGUGGGAUGAGGCAACGGCCAUGUCUCUAGGGCUGGGGAAGCCAGCACGGCGGGACAUGCUUGUCUUGGACAGAAAAACUAUCACAUUACUUCAAGAAGAAUCCGAAGACUUUGACCAACCGAGAUGCGAAGCCAUGCUCCGCAACGCCGACGGAUCCGAAAGGAGAGUGUGGGUGGAAUGGAAGGAAUACGAUCGCCAGAAAGCCGGAGAUGAGUCGCCGCCAAGAAGGAUCAUCAUGGACAGGGUAGGCAAGCUUGCCGCUCUCCUGAACCACAGCCCGAAGCCCGAAGCUUUCCGGACACUGCAUUGUCUUGGCUUCUUCGACAUGCUGGGACCCGACAGCGACGCGCCGGAAGACGACAGCUUGGAUCGGAAGCUCGGGCUUGUGUUCGAACGACCCAGCGGCAACGAGGUGCAUCCGUCCUUGCCUCCGCCAUCCCUCCGCGAGCUCUUCCAGAUCGAGCGGAAACCUCGGAUCACGGAGAGAAUCAAGCUGGCACACGCCAUCAGUAGCUGCCUUCUGUAUCUUCACGCCGUCAACUGGCUCCACAAGGGGCUGCGCAGCCACAACGUUGUCUUCUUCCGGGACAAGAGCGGCCACGUCAACUACGCGGAGCCCUACUUGACUGGCUUCGACUACUCCCGUCCCGCGCGCAGUGAUGAAGCAACAGACAUCCCCCAGGACGAUGCCGAGUACAACUUGUACCGCCAUCCUCAGAUACAGCUGAUGAACCCCGCCGAGAGGGAGCGGUUCAAGAAGAGCUUCGAUCUGUACAGUCUCGGCGUGCUGUUCGUCGAGAUCGCCCACUGGCGUCCGGUAGACGAGGUUCUCGGUUACGACAUCAGCCGGCGGCCCAGCCUCGCCCUAAGAGUCAGAGACGCUCUACUUGACCAAGACCGCAUCGCCGAGCUGGGCGCCAACAUGGGGGAGAUGUUCGAGGAGGCAGCCCGGAAGUGCAUUGAAGGCGGGGAGAGCCUGGGGCUAGCGGACCAUGAUGUCGAGACCGACGACAACGUAGCCGCACGUCUUUCGAUGCGGUUUUACGAGGACGUGGUGAAGAAGUUGGACGAUGUGCGCGUUUAGUUUUGGUCUUCUGACGCCAGAUGGACAGGUGUCAUUCGGACUGAGCAGAUGCACUUUCGAAGUCCCAAAAGCGGUCACUCAUACUUGAUAAUGGGUAUCCACCAAAAAUGCCUGAUAACGUAUGGCCGGCAGAGAGUAUCCCUUAGCGCUGGAGAGAGGCUCCGAGGCCAGAAAUGAGGUUCUGUCUGCAGUUCUCCCCGUGCUUUCGAGACCUUGCACCUCUUCUUCCAGAACACCGCCCCGUACGGAAAACCCAAUGCCGGCCCAGUGCCGGCCACGGGCGCAGCGAGUCACUAAUGUACAGAAAUGACGAUCCGAACCCGGCGGUGCGGUUCGCGGAUCCAUCUAGUCGAUGGUGGGGCCGGAUGACAUGCGAGACGCUGUUGACUUUUUCGUACCCGAUACGACAACCCUUGCCACCGUUGGAUGGGAACAUCAUGCAAACGCGAAAUUUCCCUUCGAGGAUUGUGCGACUUGGCAACUUGGCAGUACCUCCUCGGUCUUAUUGCAGUCUAUGUAACGAUGGAUUGUAGGGGCUUCCAGAGACCAGUCUUCAAAUAUUUAUAAGACUAUACGACCAAGUCGCCGUUGAGCAUCAGGUCACAGCAUCUCCCUUCAUUCUCUCGUCGAUCCUUUGGUUUACUUUCCAUCCGUGUUACUUGCCAUACUCUCUUGAUAAUU